AAAUAUUUAUGUGCAAGUUUGUAUCUGUUAUCCAUGGCAUGCCUGACAUAAAAAAAUUUUUAUGGUUGGUGAAUUGGAAAAGGUUUCCUCUAGGAAUAUGGUUUGAAAUAUUAUCUUGCCAGAGUGAUAGCAUUGAGUCUCCAGAAUCUUUUAGCUUUGAUGAAAUCAGUUCACCUUUAGAUGUUUCACAGAAAAAUGAGCGAACAAGAAGAAAUAGAUCUAAUUUUUUGGUUUCAAUUCUCCACAGCAACUUCUUGAGCAUGAGUCAACUACUAGUGCCUCACUACCAGAAGGUUGUUUCUUCGGCUUCUGCCUCAUUUGUACCUGUUUUAACUUACGGAGUUCUGACUGGAAAGAGGAUCCCAUCUUCUGUGGGCACCAGCCUCCCUACAACAAUGCCAUGGAUGUUCAUCUCAUCUAAGGAUUAUUGGUGUCUCCGCUGCUAUUCGAUUCUUUCAUGCCGGGCAGACCAUAUAUUUUGUUGAUCUAAUAAUAUACCACUUAACCUACACGAACUCAUUAUUGUUGAUUAUUUAUGAAAUUUGGAAUAUUGUUUCUAACGUGUUUUGUUUCAAUUUUUGAGAGUUCACUCUGGACAUGAGAAUUUGGAUGUUGGUUCUGUAACUGGGCUUAUUAAUCAUAUAUCCUAUAUAUUUUUUUCUCGUGGUGGAAUGGCAGUAUAAUUCUUUAUGACUUUUUCAUUCAAUGUCAAAAUUUUGCUUAUAAAGUUGCACUGUACUAUUGUAGAUGGUAUAUCUAAAAACAGAUUGUGGCUUUUUGUAUUUUGAUGUGUAAUCAUGUUGAGUAGAACUACAACCAGACCAUUCUUGGGAUAAGCCAAACGGAUGAUUUAGCAAUAGCAAGACUAAAAUGUAAGUGGUGCUACAACUUUGUUGAGCUCCUACACUUCCUACUUAUGAAUUGUUUGUUGUUACUAUUCAUUGUUAUAAUUGUUGAUUCCUCUGCCUUCCCGAAACAUUUCUUCAGUUGUGUAGAGUUUAGGUCCGUCAAAGAGAGCCCGCCACAGAGAAGAUGAUAAGUACAGGCAUGAUGAUGGGGAGCUAACAUAACUGACUGAAUACCUAACCUUGAUGGUCCAGAGGGGCGGUUGGCAGCAGCAUCUCCUUUGUCUCUUGCGCAUGCAGACAGACACAACGUAUUUCCAAGGUCACAAAAGGAAAUAGAAACAAACAAAUUUGAUCACGGGGAAGAUUGGACUUUGAGAAGUACUUGUAAGGUUUUCUGCUCUUCAACUCC